AUGGCGAGACGCACGAGACAGUCGCCCGGCGGGGCGCCGCACGACCGUGCAGGCAGGCAGACGGUUCCAGGACGUGGUGCAGGAGGAGGAGCCUCUGCACCACAGUCGCGGUUGGUCUCAACGUACCCAGUGGGAGAACACCUUCGUGGACACGCUGGGCGCCGUGUGGCGCCAGGCAGCAGCAGGAGGCCCGAGUUGGGAGUCUUGCACUCGAGCUACCGCGGGACGAACUCGAAGGACGCAGCGUUCUGGAGGUCGUCGGCGGGUUCGAAGGUGGACAUCGAGAAGGGCGCGCUGGGAGAGCAUGGACCUUGUGGGUGCGCGUAG